ACAUCCGCUCGCCGCCUCGAACUCUUUAGGGCUUCCCUUGGACAUCCGCUCGCCACCGCCAGUUCUUGAGCUACUGACACACCGCAAUCGAACUCCCGAGCUAGCGGAGGCGCACGACUGGAAACGGCCGGCGUCCUCCUUUUGCUGGUCUUCUAAGAAGCUUAAGUUUUGACAGUGAUGAUCCCAUAUUACACUAAGUGACCAGGGACAACAAUCUGGGGAAGGUUGAUUUGUUGUUGCUUUGGGGAGGUGGUUGUGCUCUUUUGGUUCUGGGGAUAGUUAGGGGGACUUGCCCAAGAAAGGUGAUAUGGAUGAAUCAAUUGAUGUGAAUGAUGCUCUCACACAUGCUUCCAACCCAGAUAACAACAUAAGGUCAAUAGGAGAAGACAUGCUAAAGCGGCUUCAAAAUCGUGAUCUUCCCAACUUUCUGCUAUAUUUAUCAUCUGAGCUCGUGAGGGAGGGGAUUCCAGAAGAGUCUAGGGUACUUGCUGCCAUCACCCUUAAGAACUCCUUGGACUCGAAGGAUCCUGCACUCAAGGAUGCACACAAGGAUCUACUUUGUCUAAAAUGGCUCAGCGUGGAUAAAUCUAUCCGAUUAGAGAUUAAGAAUAACUUGCUCAUGACACUAGAAAUUGAUUCAAGGCCAUCUCAUUCAAGGCACCCCUCGUCAAAAGUUAUUGCAGAAGUUAUUGCGAGGGUUGCAUGCAUGGAGAUACCCCGGAAUCAGUGGCUGGACCUUGUUGGUAAAUUAAUGGACAACAUGGCAAGUUUAUCUUCUUCCCUAAAGCAAGCAACUCUAGAGGUGCUCCAGUAUAUCUUCAAGGCAAAGAUCCCUAACGUUGUCAAGCGGGAUCAAGUGGAUGAUGUUAUUGCUAGUGUCAUCAGUGCACUGAACGACGAGGUGCUAGGUUCUCAAGUCCUUCUGGCAGCCCUUAAAGCUUUACACAACAUUUUUGAGUUUACUAAGUUUGAAGACCAUGAUUGGAGAGGUGCUAUAGAGGCAGUUUUUGCUGUGGCUUAUAGAACAUCUGGAACAGAGAUCCCAGAGGCAGCAUUUGAGUACCUCGUUGCAAUUGCAUCCACUUGUCAUACCAAAUUCGAACCCGACAUAGAAGUGCUGAUGUGUAUUACAACGCAAGCUUUGAAUGGAGAUGUGGAAUCACUUAAAGUCCAAUGUAUCAAGUUGUGGAUCACUAUUUGCGAAAAAGAGAUUGAUUGGCUAGAAGAAGAAGAAGAAGAAGAAGAAGAAAAAGAAGAAAAAGAAGAUAAAGAUGAAUCUUACUUUACUGGUCCUCUCUAUUCAUUGGUCCCACUUCUCCUACAAACUUACUUAAAUGAAGAAGAGAGGGAUUUAGAACAAAUGGACAUUUGGAAACAGGGAGAUGAAGAUGAGGGAGAUGGAAACAUUUCUCUGACCGGGGAACAAGAAGAAGAGGGAGAUGAAAAUGUGGAACAAAAGGGAGUAAACCUUGAAGACAAUUGGGAACAAGAGGAAGAUGAGACUUUACAAGUCAUUUCCAUGACAUGCCUAGGCCUUGCAGCUAGAAUUCUGAAGGGUGGAGUUGUCCCCACUGUGAUGCAUUUUGUUGAGGAGAACAUGAAUGGGCCACAUAAGAUAGCUGCAUUGUCUCCAUUAGGUUUUAUCCUCGAAGGUCCCUCAGUCAAGCAGCUUGCUCCUCUAGUUGAUUUAUUGCUUGCCUUGAUGGAAUAUCAGGCGGAAGGUGUAAGAGGCAGGGCUGCAUGGACUCUUGGGCGGCUGUUUGAGCUUGUGGGUGCACAUAGAAUCAUGAGAAAUGAGGUGGUGUCCCUGGAUAGGAUCAUGGAGCUCUUGAUAGAGAGGAGCUGUGAUGUCCCUCAAGUGUCCAUUGAAGUGCAUGGAGCUCUAUAUUUUCUUGCACGAGGUUAUGGAGAAGAUGCAAAGUCAAGGUCAAAGUCAAAUUCAUGUGAGCUUUCACCUUUUGUUAAGCCUCUUAUUGAUGCUCUCAUGCGUGCUUCCGAUCUGGCUAGGGAGACCCCUUUUAGUUUCCUAGCAUCUCCUUAUAAAGCAUUGGGUGAGAUUGUGAAAGUUAGUGACACCCGGGACUUACAAGUUUGGGAGGCUCUUAUGGGCUUGAUGUCUCGUAUCAUGAGGAGAUUCAACACUGUGCUUCAUGGUCAUGGUGCAAUUUCAUCUCUUCAGAGGAAGAACCAACUUGAGGUCUUGCUGUGUGGUCUAGUUGAAGUCUUAAUCCACAAGCUUGGAGAUACACUUGAGGGGUCUGCUAAAUGUUUGUUGCUGUUAUUGUGCCCUCUCUUAACCCGUGAGAGUACAUGUGCACGUAAUGGAGCAGCCCUUGCCAUUGGUGCUCUUGCUCAUGCCAUUGGUGCUGAUUUUGGACAACACAUGCCUAUGGUGCUACAAUAUUUCAGUGUGAAGCGACUCUCUCCACUUUAUUUAGAAGUUAUAUGUGAUAUAUGCCAUGUCUUGGGAAAAGAGGGAAAAGAGGAAGAAGUUGUGCCGUGCUUUGAUCAUAUUAUGGAAGUUCUGUAUCAAGGUAUGGUAGAAUUGACACUUCAACCUCUAAUUCUAUCAAGCAUUGGACAGAUUGCUCUUUCUCUUGGUGAAAAGUUUGAGAAGUACCUGCCUCCAGUUAUGGAAAAGCUUUUAGUUAUGGAAAAGGCUGUUCAACUCGAUCAGGAUCCUCAUGAGGAUCAUAGUAACAAGGUUAGAGAGGCAAUAUGUAAGGCCUACCAUGGCAUAAUAAGGGGAAUAAGUGAUGCAAAGUCUGGAUUCAAGGUAGGAAUGGCUCUACUUGAAUUCAGUGAACAGGAGAGAAAGAGAAGGGAGAGAAGGACCGUGACAGCAAGGGACGAAAGGAUCAUGACAGCACUAGUUGAUGCCUUGUCUCAGCUUCCUCCUAGAGUGGGCGUUUGGUCAGAGGCGUUUAUUCUAUCGGUGCAGCAAGCAAAUACUCCCUCUGCAAACUAAUGUAAGAGCGUUUAGCUCACUAAAAUAGUGAUCUAGAUGCUCUUAUAUUAGUUUACAGAGGGAGUAUUUAUUAUUAGAGGAAAGGAAGCUGUGCUUUAUUUUGGUCCAGACAACUAAAGUGUGUCGGUUGACUGCUUUAUUAUUUUGAAUGAACUGAAGUGUGUGGGCUGUGGGUUGUCUGUUGUAAACUUCAUUUAUCCUAUAAUUAAUUAGAGUUCACUGCUAGCUUAGAUCAUCUGGUGUAGCCUCCUGUGGCAUUAGCCCAUGAUGAAGCGGUUCUUGCAUGCGACUUACAGCAUGUGAUUAUUGGAUCUUCAGUUUAUGGACACUGAGGAUACAUGCAACUGUAUGAUGUCUAAAAUAUUGUCACAUAUGUUUGCCAGAA